UGCCUCUGUUGAAACUAUACUCGUUUGUUCUAAUUGUCCUCUUGAUCCCCAUCUGUCCAUCGUACCACAGUAAACAAACACAUAGGUGGGGUUUUUGGGGUGCAGGUACAGAUGCUGAGCCCAUCACAUCUGAGAUCACCGCCAUCCCCCCAGCAUUGUCCGCGCAUUGUCCGCGCUACCCCCUCCGACUUCCCGCAGACCUUCUAUCUAUCUAUAUCGCCUACCAACAGUCCAUGUCGACAAUGUGACGAGAUAUCCGGCGUCUUCACUAUAGUGUCACUGCUGCAAGCCGUCGCGUCACGGAGCAGUCAUCACAGGCCUAUUAUCUUUUGUACUUGGCUCCUUCUCCGGGCAACGAUCGUCAUCACUUCCAACAUCCUCCACGCAGCUACCCACCUGGGCAUCGUGAACCUCCUACCUUGGUUGGCACCACCUCUUCUCACAACUUGACUCUCACCCAGAGGCCGUUGACGGCCCUGUUAAUACUCACAGCCUCCUCGUUUUAAUACCCAGCUUCAAGACCGGCCCGGCACCAUGGUGUCCGAAGAGGCCUACGAACUCUGCCUCCCCAUCCUCCGGGACUCAACCAUCGAAGAUGAAGACAAGACAGAUAAGCUCGAGGAGCUUCUAAAGAAAGAGACGAGCCUCACUGGCAGCAGCCUAGAAAAUGCGAUCCUAGAUAUCCUUUGGCGCCACCGCGAGAGCUCAACAAAUACAAACUCCCCUCCUUUAAUGCGCCAUACAGUCCUGAGACGAGCAUCACCCGCCUCAUGGCAAAUACCCCGGCCAAAUGGACCCUCCGCGAACUCGUCGCCCCGUUUAGGGGUCAGCCCCCUGGUGCCCCCGGGAUUCGUGCCUUCGUCGUACCGAAACAAGCCAUCGAGCAUCAACUCGCCCUUUACCUCCCCUCGCCCAUCGCCAAGGCUAAACUUCUCCAGCCCUGCGAUACCUCAUAGUCCUAGCCUCAAUGCAUACGAAUUCCCAACAGAUACGGGCCCGACACAAGAUAUAUAUGGUGACCUUGGGAGCGAUAAUGUCGAUUGGAUUGUCAACGACGAUGCUGCUGCUGCUGCCGCAUCCUCAAAUGCAAGUGGCGGCCAUAGCGGACUCAAUGCUGCUGCUGCUGAGUUUGUACAGCCGCCCCAGCAGACAGAUAUGAGCCCUAUGGAUAUGCUUCGCUCAGUUCUUGGCCCAACCAAGUCAGACGAAGAGCUCAAAGUAGCGUUAGCAAUUCAUGGCUACGAUCUCAGCGCAGCGAUCGCCGCUCUUAUGGAAGGGCAGCCUACCGAUAGCGUGAACCAGCAGAACCAUGCGAAUGAAAUUAAAGCCAUAUUGAUUGGCAAAUCUAUGACACCAGACCUCGCGAGACCGCUCACUCCUGCAGGACAGCAGCGAAACGGUGUCGUUUGUAGGUUCUGGCUUUCGACUGGGUCGUGCCUCCGUGCGGAUUGCCGGUUUAGUCACGACCUGAGCAACCAUAUCUGCAAAUACUGGGUGAUGGGCAAUUGCCUCGCCGGCGACACAUGCAUAUUUUCCCAUGACCCAUCCCAUUUCAUGAACCGCCUAGCCCUCGACGGCAGCUGCACGCCACCGCUGCAAAAUGCGCAGCCAAAUAUACAAUUUCAGGACCCUAAUAGCUUCCCAUCGCUCCAGCCUCCAACGCCAGAUCAGUGGGGAAACUCUUAUCAAACCGCAGCUUUUUUUAACUACUCAAAUAUGGGCUUCACGCCCCCCACUGGUUUCAAGGCCCUCCAGGGCUACGCAAGCGACGGCUCGAAUAACAACAGAUCGAGACCAACAAGCCGCGCCAGAGACACCCCCGCAGCACCAGCUCUAGACGACAACGAAGCCUUCCCCUCCCUCGGCGCAGUCUCCACACGAGGAGGCAAAAAGCACCACGGCAAGCGCAGCAACCACGCCAAAGAGCCACCCGUCCCCAGCUCCCUCGCUGAAGUCGUCAAGAUGUCACCCUCGCCCGGCCCCGGCGCCCUGCGCCAGGAAAUCAAGAAGCUCGGCCGCAACGGCAGCUCCUCCAGCAUGCGCAACGGCGAGAACACCGCCGCGGCCCAGGCGAUCCCGAGUCCGCAGCACGUUCCAUGGCUCGAGACGGGCGAGAAGGCGAAUAAGGCGUACCUCAAGGCCAGGUCGGAUGCUAUUAAGCACGGUGGCUUGAGGAAUAAGUUUUUGCAGAGUGCCGCACAAGCAUGGAACCGCAACGACGCCCGCGCCGCCAAAGCCCUCAGCCUGCGCGGCCAAUCCGAAAACGACCUCAUGCGCAAAGCGCACCGCGAAGCAGCUCGCGAGCUCUACGAAUCCCGCAACAAGCCCUCCGCCACCUCCACCUCCACCGCAGAAGUCUACGUCGAUCUGCACGGCCUGCACCCCGAAGAAGCCGUCGAUUACCUGGAGAAGGUCCUCGUUGAGCACGCCGCGAGCGCGAGGCCCGUGUAUGCGAUUACGGGGACGGGACACCAUAGCAAGAAUGGGAAGGAUAAGGUUGGGAAGGCCAUCAGGGGGUUCCUGGGGGAGUGGAGGUAUGCGUAUAGAGAGUUUUCGGUGCCGGGGGAUCGGAAUAAUGUUGGGGGGAUUUUGGGGAUUGAUGCGAGGAGUUUUGAGAGGAGGGAGGGUGCUGCUGGUGUUGGGGGUGUUGGGGGUGUUGGGGGGAGUGGUGGGAGUGGUGGGGCGGAGGCAGCGGCUGGGAAGGAGAAUGCGAAUGCGAAUGGGAAUGUGGAGAAGGACGUGCGGAAGGUGCAGCAGAAACCGGAGGAUCUGUUGGCGCAGGGGCAUGAGAUUGGGGAUGGGAAGGUGAGGAUGCUGGUUAGGGAGCCGCCGAAGGGACCGGCUGCGAGUAGGGCCCGAUAACGGGGUCCGGUGAUUAUGGUGGGUGAAGGAAGAAGAAUUAAAUCAGUUAAAACUUAUGCGUCU